AAAUGGAUAAUGCUAAAACUUCACUUUUAGAAAUGGGAUUUACAGAAGAGUAAAUCACAAAUGCAAUUAAUUCAACAAAUUCUUAUGACAUUGGAGUAUAUAUAUAUAUAAUUAAUAUAGGUAUUACUUACAUACAUUGAAAAUUAAUCAUAAGAUAAUCCAUAAACACAAACAUAAUCAUAAUAAUAAUAAUAAUAAUAACUUGAUUCUAUUAGUAAAUAUGUUAAUGAAGAACAUGUUGCUAUUUUAAUGUCAUAAGGUUAUUCUAAAAAUGUAUCUGAAAAAUCAUUAUUAUUAUCUAAUAAUUAAGGUGUUGAUGCUGCUAUUAAAUGGAUUGAAGAACAUAAAAAUGAUUAAGAUUUUGAAGAAGAAUUAUAAAUUGUUGGUUCUGGAAAAAAGAUAUCACCUGAAGAAGCUGCAUUUAAAGCAAGAGAACUUUAAUAGAAACUUCGAGAAAAAAGAAGAAUUGCUGAAGAAUAAGCUGCUUUUGAAUAAGAAAAAAAUAGAAUUGCUUCAGGAAAAGCAAUGAAUGAUGUAAGAAGAGAAUUAGAAGAAUAAAAAAAGAAAUAAGAAGCAUUAAAAGCAAAAAGAGAAAGAGAAUAAUUCUUAAAAGAUAAAUAAGAAAUGGAAGAAUAAUUAAGAAGAGAAAAAGAAGCUAGAUUUGGAAAAUCUUAUUCUAAAUAAUAAUAAUAAUAAUAAUAACAAAAAAAUUAUUCACCUAUUGAAUUAUUUGAAUUAGGUAUAAAAUAAAUUAAAGUUGCUUAUCCACCUGAUCUUAUUCCUGAUACUGCUUUUAAUUCAUUAUCACUUAUUCUUAAAAUACUUGGUAAUCUAUUUUAUUUUUAUAUUUAAUUUUAGAAAAUAUUUAUAAAAAUCCUUAAGAAGAAAAGUUUAGAAAAAUUUCAUUAACUUCUUAAGCUUAUUUGAAUAAAAUUGAUACAAUCUUAGGAGCUAGAACUGCAUUAGAUGGAUUAGGAUUUAUUUAAAAUAAUGGAUUCUAUGUAUUUCAAGAUGCCGAUGUUUCAAUCUUAUAAAAAGCCAUGGUAAUAGUUUAAAAUGAAUUAAAAUGAAAAUGAG